AUGAAGAACUUAUUUAAAUGUGGAAUUUUGAAUUCGAAUUCAUACAAAAUUUUGUCAAACUCUCAAUUCCUGUCACCUCGAGUUUUUCAGCUGUUCUACAUUUCGAAUUUGUCAUCAAAUCCUCAUAAAAAUUCGAAGAAAUUAGGCAAAAAUGGUGAUCUAAAUAAGCCCGGGGAUCCACUUUUCGAUGAAAUCCUCAGAAUUAUGGAUACUGAAGGCAUCGAAUUUGAUAGAAAUUCUCCUCGUGUGUUUUCAGCGAUGAAAGAUAUAAACUUUGAAGGAAAUGCGGCAAGUUUGGAAUCAUCUCCGUGCCGGCCGAAAGGUGUUUGUGGAAAUGCCGAUCAGAAAAAAGAUCUCUCAUUUCCUUUGGAAGAUAGCGGGAGCAGAGUUUCCGAUGAAAUCGAGUCGAUGGAAGUUGGUUCGAUUGUUCUUAGAGUCAUUGAGACUGUUAGGUGCGAGAACGCCUUGCUUUCAAUGGAGGAAAGGUUGGAAAAUGCUGGUUGCAGAUAUAGUGAAGAGGUGGUUGUCAAUGUGCUGAAGAAGUGUUUCAAAGUUCCCCAUUUGGCUUUGAGGUUCUUCAAUUGGGUGAAACUCAGAGAAGGGUUUCGGCACACGACCAAUACCUUCAAUGUGAUGAUAAAUGUGGCCGGGGAAGCUGAGGAGUUUGGUUUGGUUGAGGAGUUGGUUGAGGAAAUGGGGAAGACUUCUUGUGAGAAGAAUUUGAAGACGUGGACGAUUCUUGUGUCGCACUAUGGCAGUAGAAAAUGCGUGGGGAAAGCCCUGCUGGUGUUCGAGGAGAUGAAGAGAGCUGGUGUCGAGCCUGACGCAAUCGCUUACAGAACAAUGCUGCGGGCGCUCUGCAAUGCCAGAAAGGCUGAUCUCGCGUUGGAGUUCUACAAGGAUAUGGUGCGGAACGAGGUGAACUUAGACGUGGAUUUGUAUAAACAGUUGGUGAAAUGCUUUUCAUUGUGUGGAAAUAUUGAUGCUGCUCACUUGGUUGGUGAAGACUUGAUCAAACUUGAGAUUCCGAAACCUCAAGUUUACGGUAUAAUGCUAAAGAGUUUUUGUAUAGCGGGGAAGAUCACUGAAUCCUUAGAGUUGAUUCGUGAUUUGAGGAAUAAAGACGUCUCACUUGAAACUGGGAUGUUUGAAGCAUUGGUGAGAGGGCUUUGUAGCAGAGAUAGGAUUGCAGACGCGAUGGAGAUACUUGAGAUAAUGAAGAGGAGGAAUGUGUUUGAUCAAAACAUAUAUGGAAUCCUUAUAAGCGCGUAUUUGGGAAGAAAUCAAGUUUCUGAGGCGUUUGGUCUUUUUCAAGAGGCGAAAGGAUAUGGGAAUGUCUUGGUCUCCACGUACACGAAUUUGAUGCAACACUGUUUUUGGAAAAAUGAAUUUCAUAAAGGUUUGGAGCUGUACAGUGAAAUGCUCCGCUUGGGAUUGAGAUUAGACAGUGUGGCCAUAACUGCUGUUGCUGCUGGCUAUAUUCAGCAAAAUCGGAUUUCUGAGGCGUUGGAAGUGUUCAAGGGUAUGAAUGAAAUGGGAAUCACGCCUGCAUCAAAAUCACAUACGAUUUUAAUAAAGGAGGUCUGUAAAAUUUGCAAGGCUGAUGAGGUUGUGGAGGUUUUGAAUGAAAUGCAGGUUUGCAAGCUAAGUAACCUAGAUGAUAUAUUGAGUGAGGUUCGAUCUUACCUGGAGAAGAAAGGAGAAGUAGAGAAGCUGAAUGCUAUUAGAAGUAUAAAGGAAAAAAAUGUUGAUCAUCGGAGCAAUCAAUCAGAACUUACAGAAAAUACGGAUACCAAUCCAGUGCUGCAGAGAAGACGGGCUUGCUCUGUGGAGUCUGAAACGAGACUCAAUGACUGCCCUCGUGCUGAAGAAGUUCGCCAAAUUUUAUCAUCCUCGGAUGAUUGGUGCUCUAUACAAGAGAAUCUGGAGAAGCUCAGAUUCCAGUUUACGCCUGACCUUGUUGUGGAAGUUUUACGUAGCUGCAGCCUUAACAUCGGCAUUGCCUUGAAGUUCUUUGCGUGGAUCGGGAAACAGCCUGAUUAUAGUCACAAUGAGCAAUCAUACAACAUGGCCAUGAAAAUUGCUGGUCAGGGCAAAAACUUCAAGCAGAUGAGAAGCCUAUUUUAUGAGAUGAGGAGAAGAGGCUGCUCGAUAACAGCUGACACGUGGACAAUCAUGAUAAUGCAGUAUGGUCGAACAGGGUUGACGGAUCUGGCUUUGAGUAGUUUUAAAGAGAUGAAGCUGAGCACCUGCAAACCGACUAAAAGCACGUAUAGUUCUUUGAUAGCCUCGCUCUGUGGAAAGAAGGGCCGCAAGGUUGAUGUGGCAAUCCAGAUAUACGAGGAAAUGGUGCAGGCGGGGCGUGCCCCUGAUAAAGAGCUGCUUGAAGCUUACGUUGGCUGUUUAUGCGAGGUCAAUAAACUGUCGGAUGCCAGAAGAUGUGUCGAGUCUUUACACAGAUUCGGUUUCUCAACUCCACUGUCCUAUUCCUUGUAUGUUCGGGCCCUUUGUCGUGCAGGGAAGUUGGAUGAUGCUCUAGCCCUAGUCGAUGAAGUUGGUUGCGAGAAGAAUCUCCUGCAGCAGUAUACCUAUGGUAGCCUUGUUCAUGGCUUGCUACGAGGGGGGCGGGUAGAGGAGGCGUUGGGAAAGAUAAAUGGUAUGAAACAGCUCGGCUUUCAUCCUACUGUUCAUGUCUAUACAUCUUUGAUCAUUCAUUUUUUGAAAGAGAGAGACAUAAACAGAGCUUUGGCUACUCUAGAAGAAAUGAAAGAACAGGGCUUGCAGCCUACCGUAGUCACUUAUUCAGCUCUGGUGUGCGGAUAUGUGAGAUUGGGGAAGGUUGGUGAUGCUUGGGAGGUUUUCCGACGUCUGAAACAGAAGGGCCCGUUGCCCGAUUUCAAGACUUACUCAAUGUUCAUAGACUGCCUCUGUAGAGCAGGCGAGUCGGAAGAUGCUUUCACGCUCAUCCCGGAGAUGCUGCGUGAUGGCAUUGUUCCGAGCACAGUCAACUUUCGAACGGUUGUGUAUGGACUGAACAGAGAAGGGAAAGCAGAUCUUGCACGGGCUGUUCUGAAGAAGAAGCUGGAUCUCAAAAGAAGAAGACAAGUGGUAACAUAGUAGAAUGGAAAGACUAUAAAGCCGCAGCUUAAUUGGUAAGACCUUCGCCUUCAAGGCUUCAAUCAUUAGGUUGGGUGUUUUAGUCACCACGAUGUCGGGAAAUGUAAAACUAUCAUUCGUUCUUCAAAAAAACACACACACAUACAUAGUAGCAUGAAAAGCCAAAUUCCCACAAUGGCUUGUGGAAGUUGUAUCAAAUUAUUUGGUUUGAUCAAUGGAAGCGUUCUUUGAUGAAACAGCCUUUUAUGUGUCGUCCAUCUCUACAUCUUUGCUAUGCAUCAUGGUAUUUAUUCGAAAACCAAAAAAACAUAGCACAAUUAUCUUUUUUUGUUUUUGAGAAUGAACUUAUAACUAAUUCUUUACAACAAGAAACCAAAUACAAAGUCCAAGUCUGUGGUGCUGUUGAUGGCUGAAAAUGUUCAAAGAGGAAUAUCAAGGCCUUUUCCAACCUCCACCCCAAUUAUCUCAAGUAUUCCCUUAUUCAGAAUCUAGAGAGGGAGAGAGAAGUGGAUUAGAAGAUAUCAAGACUUUGGAAAAAAGAUUUAUAAAGUUAAUAAACAUAAAAUACCAAUUCAACGAUGAAAGUCCCAAUCAGGCCAAUCAUACAUGCUCUGGAAUUCCAAAUCUCAGCUGUUGUGGUGAACCCCAGAAACGGGGCUUCGAAUUUUGGUUGCUCUUUAGGCAAUUCCACCUAAAUUUUAAAUAUAUAAAGAGAGAAAAAAAAAAGUACAAUGAAUUUUGUACGUAAAUUAAUAUGAAUGGAAGUAAGGAGAAAAGUAAAGGAAGAGUACUCCGGCGGGGAGGUUGGAGGCGUGGAUGUUGAAGCCGACACGUUUGUGAUUGUGAGUGGGGAGGAGUGAGCGGGUGGGGUUGUUUGUGGUGGCGCGGAGGCGGAGGAAAGGAGAUGACAUUGACAAUGGUGCUGCUGCUACAGAGGCCAUAUCUCCAAUCC